GGCAGGCAGGACAUGUGUGUGGAUUAAAAUGCUGAGGAGUUUGGCUGCCAGAGAAAGACGUUAUUGUUGUGACUUUCCCCUCCUUCCCUUGCUCCCACCCACCCUCUCAGAGAGAACCUCAAAGGAACGGAACCAGAGAAAACACACACAGCUUGGAGGAGGAUCGUUUGUUUCAGAACCAGACUGGAGUGAGAAGGAGGAAGAGGUUAAGGGGGAGGAAGAAUCCUGGAAGUUAAAAAUACAGGAGAAAGAAGGCCAGGUGGCAACAGAGAAACUUUAUAGACCAUGAAGGUGGUUGCCAGGCUGAUUUUCCCACUGAUACUUGUUCUACUCUGUGAAGUAAAUGGGCAGAGGCGCAGACCUCCAAAGAAGCGUGUUACUCCUCCACCAAUUGAACCAGUCGAACCUACAGAUUUGCCUCCACCCUUGCCACCAGGACCCCCCUCCAUUUUUCCAGACUGCCCUAGAGAAUGCUUUUGCCCUCCAGAUUUCCCUUCAGCCUUGUACUGUGACAGCCGCAACCUGAGGAAAGUGCCUAUCAUUCCAUUCAGGAUCCAUUACCUCUACCUUCAGAACAACUUCAUUGAAGAGCUUCCUGAGGAAUCUUUCAAAAAUGCCACAGAGCUGAGGUGGAUCAAUCUGGACAACAAUCGUAUCAAGAAGGUAGACAAGCGGGUAUUAGACAAGUUGGAGAACCUUGUCUUCUUGUACAUGGAGAAGAACCAUCUUAAGGAAAUCCCCAGCAAUCUGCCUCCAAAUCUGGAACAGCUUCGGCUGAGCAGAAACCGAAUCUCCAAGAUAGCCUCUGGUGCCUUCAACAAGCUGGAACACCUCAUUCUUCUUGAUCUCCACAAUAAUGAACUGAAUGAUGCAGUCUUCAACAAGAACACUUUCAAGGGGCUCAAGAAUCUUAUGCAGCUCAACUUAGCUCGCAACAUACUAAAGAAGAUGCCACCUGGAAUUCCCACUGCUGUCCAUCAGCUCUUCCUAGAUAAGAACAACAUUACUGACAUCCCCAACAAUUACUUCAAGGACUUUCCCAACUUGGCAUUCCUUAGGCUUAAUUACAAUGGCCUCACUGACAAAGGGCUACCCAAGAACUCUUUCAAUAUCACUAAUUUGCUGGUCUUGCAUCUGGCACACAACCAGCUUACCAACAUCCCUUACAUCAGUCCCAAGUUGGAGCAUCUCUACUUGAAUGAUAACUCAAUUGAAACUAUCAAUGGAACUGAGAUAUGCCCCACUUCUCUGUUCACUUUCCAAGAACUGUCCUCAGAUCUUGACAACGUGCCCCAUCUUCGGUACCUACGCCUAGAUGGCAACCACCUGAAGCCCCCCAUCCCUUUGGACCUGAUGAUGUGUUUCCGACUGUUGCAGUCUGUUAUUUUCUGAGCCUUGUAGCAAUCGCCACUCUCCCAGGACUUUGGCUUUGCGCAUUGACUUGAUUCCAGUCUAUGUUAGACAUGGGGAAUAUAUCCUAUCACUUCUCCCUGACCGUUCCUCCCUACUGCCUUCUCUUUUCUGCUCCAUCCUGUUUCCUAUUCUUUUGGCUGCACUAAUCUUUCAUUUUCAUUGCAGCCCCUUCCCUAUUCAGCAUCUUAUGAAUGUCCUUAAAAAUGUUGCAUGUCAUGUAUCCACAAAAUAGCCAUAAGUUACAGUAAAACAGGUAUCUCCUAUCCUUAACUUAUAUCAAAUGUAGAGAUGGGAGUAUGCACAGCAUUUGCAGCAUUUGUGAUAUUGCCUAGCUGUCUUGAGCUUUACAGAGUUAUUGCCUCUCCACUAUGACAACAAAAACAAGCUUAUAAAAGAGGUUAUAUUUUGCAUAAUUCUCUGAGAGAAAACACAACUGUAAUUUCAGUGUGCCAUUUGACUAAUAAUGACGUUGAGAAAAGGAAUAGUCAGACAUUAGGUGGCAAGUGUAAGUGUAGCCUAGGUAGAAACUCUGCCCUGCAUGAAGUACUAUUGAGUGCAUAAAUCCUAUGGUGGCAUGUAAGGUAUAUUGUAAAUACAAUGGAAAGAGAUUAGGAAU